AUUUUAUUUUGUCUGCCUCUAUUUAUUCUGGCAGUGUUUGGUUUGCUUACUUGUGUUGGAGCAGGUCUGCAGUAGGGAAUGCUGCUUUUUCUGGAAUGGAAGUCCGGUUUGAUGGCUUUCGGAAACGUGCCUCAGCUUGGAAGCAAGCAUGUUGCUCAUACAGUAGCAAUUUUUCACGGCAUGGAAGAAGUGUUGUAGGGUUUUCUGAUGUUGUGUGUUUUGUGUUCUCUUUUUUUUUUUUUUUUUUUAAAGAAAUACGUUGGGUAGCUUGUUUUUUUUAAAUAGCUCUGCUAUUACCAGAGGCUUUUGUGUGUACAUUAUUGUCCUGUGGAGCAAUAUGAAGACCAGUGCUGAAUCUCAUUCAAAGUAAAGUGUUUUUAUUCCAGUGUCAUGUGCAUGUUAACAGGGUAACUCCAGUAACAGGGAAGAAGAAUCUGUUGAUUUGAGCUGAAACACUGAAAACAAUUCUCUUGGACUGUUUUGGAUGUAGCAGUUUUGCUGGAUUUUAGUAACAAAGAGAUGAAAUGCUCCAGGGAUAAUCCAGUAUGAAAUUCAUCUGACUUACUGGCAGCUAUUUGAAAACAUGUUGCAAGUUCUCUUCUACUACCAGAUACACUAUGUCAUCAAAAUCAAAUUCAGUUUUGUAAGUUUUCACGUUUAUUUCAAAAGAAAUAGAACUUAAUAUAAUUUAUUACAGAAACUUUUGUGAGGUAUAAAUUCCUCUUAUUCUCAAGUAGAUGAAUAGUAACUUUCUGGAGGGAGCUGAUUGCAUACAUUGUAUCAUACAUCUGUAUAUUGACAAGUACAUUGUAUUUUUCUUUCUGUUACUGAAAAAAAAAUCUUACUUAUAGCAAUAUAGUCUGCAUCCAACAGCUUGUUAAUGUAAUUUUAGAGCAGCAGUCUCAGAGGUAGGUUUUCACAGUGAAAACCAACCAUGACCAUAUGAAACAUCAUAAACACAGUGCUCAAUGGUGCCUUAAAUUACAGUUCUAGGUAUUAGUGUUAAGGAGUAAAGUGUGUUGGUUAAUUUGUAAGCUGGUCUAAAAAAUUGUCACACUUACUAUGCUCUUCAUUCUAAACCUAUAGCAGCUGCUCUAAAUUUAUUCAACCUCCCUUUCUUGAAUUAGUAUUUGGAUUUUAGUCUUAAUACCAUGGAUGUUUUCAGGGUCAAAUCCUAAAACGCUGAAGAAAAUCUUGUGAUGACUAAUGUGGAAAUUUCUUCCACAUGAAUACUACAGCGUUAUGGUUCUUAUGUUCAUAUCUUCUAUUCUCCCUCAGUCUUCAUUGUAGCAGACAGCCUAAUUGUGUACUUUGUGCCGGCAAUUACUGUGCUUACGCAGUGUUAUGUGACUCAAAAAGGAAGGGGUGCAAAAGGUGCUUGACAGUAGGAAAACGUUUGAAGUGAUCUGGAUGACCUUAAUUAAUAUUGUUCAUUAACCUAUUACGUCUUGUUUGCCAUUAAGAGGAGAUGGUGUUCUGAGGAGGAGGCAAAGUAUCUGUGCAAUAUCUGAAGGCAAUGAAAGCUCUGCUGAGUGCCUAUAAACCUGUGGCUUCUUAGUUUAGUACAAAAUAUGAUCGAAGGGUUUACUAGUACUAAUGGUAUCUGUUGCUGUAAUGGCAGAUUCUCAUUUACUGAAGAUGUAUAAUUAAUCUUUAAAAUAAGGAGCAGUAGCUAUAGGAAUAUGUGAGGGAGGAGAUGCAAUGCCAUCUCAGUAUCCUUAUUUGUAUUUAAGUUCCAUAGUUUGUGAAUAGUUGACAGAUGUUUAAAUGGAUGUAUAAGCAUGGAAUAAAAAAAGCCUGGUAACACCAAAAUUGUCUGUUUCACAAAUCCAUUCAACAGUGUUGCUACUUUCUUUGUGACUUUGUUCUGUGUCUUUUUUCUAUUGAAGAAUAUCAGUUCUGCUGGGCUGCAUGGUUGCUGUACGUGUGAAACUCUUAGAGGUGCUGGGAGUGUGUCCAUCACCUCUACAAGCAAAAAUUGUGCCUCCCAGUCCACACAACAGUGUUGCAGCAUAUACCAGGCUAUGUUCCUGUUGGUGUCAGGGUGCAAAACAUAAAUAAAUUUACUAUAAGCCUGGGGUGCCAUGAUUACAUUAGGAUUUCAUGCUCAGGAGUUGUUUAUGUCUUAUUUUUGUUUUAAGAGAGGAUAAGGCUGCAAUAUUUUCUAUUUCUUGUGCCUUGGUUGAGUGCCAGCAGAAUGCAACCUUGUCCAUGCAUGCCUGGCUUGGAGAUUCGGUGAGAGCAAAGAGAGAAUCCACUUUUGGGAACAUAAAAUGUUGAAAUUACUGACUGUAAAAUACGUGACAAUAAACGAUUAACCCCCUCACUUAUUCUAAGUGUAUAGUUAGUUUCAUGCUGUAGACGUCUGUUGGUGUAAAGGAGGCAAGGCUUAAGUGAGUUUCUUUAUAAAAUGUUUGCAAACUGAAGGCCAAGUCUUUUCUGUGGUUGGAAAAUCUUUGGAAAAACAAAAGAUGACAGCUAUAUUACAAAUGAUAAAUAAUUUGUUGCUGCAAUGAGAGCUGGAGGUAGUUUCAUACUUGUCUAAAUUAAUCCUGAUGGAGAUAGUUACAGAGAAAUAAUUAAUAGUACAGCUUCAGUAUGGAUUAUUGGAAAAAUGUUAUCCUGGGUAUGAUUUAAAAAUACAGAUACUUGUCAAUGCCACUACCUUUCCUUUUCUGUUUUCUGUGCUUUCUUGGUUAAGAUGGAGUAAACAAAGCCUUUUUCAUUUAAAACAAUUUCCUGCAAGCAAAUUCAAAGUUUCAUUCAUUUAGCCCAGUGCAAUAUAGCAUUUUAGCCACAGUAUCAGAAUUCUGUGCACACCAAAUAUCUGAUAAAUUGUCUAUUCUCUGUUGUGGGCAUUAGGCCCAGUCUUGGUCUCCAGGAGGUUGUGGCUGCUCUGCCAGUUUGUUGAGAGUUCUUGUGGGGGUAGGGAAUGUGACUGGGGGCUUCCAGGAUUGUUGAGUUACGUUCAACAAGUUGAUGGACUUGUGCUCUAUAAUGAUUUCUAUAUUUUUAAUAUUUCUAAUUUUUUAAUAUUUCUAUAUUUUUCUUUUUCCUCUCUCGAUAAGAGGGCUGUGUGAUGAUGAUGUGUAGGGUUAACCUCUCACCUUAUUUGGAUGAUAAUCUGUCCUUCAUUCCCAUGGGAGGAAGAUUGAUUAUGGCAUACAAAGCUUUGUAAUAAAAAAAAAAAAGUUAAAAGUUUACCUCUUACAGAUAAGUUCAUAGACGACUGAGAAAUUUGGAAGGAAGGAAUUUAAAAAUGUGUUUGAAGCUACUAGGACAGGUCUCUGUGUACAUUGCUUCUCUUGAGGAAAACAAUCUAAUCUUGGUGCCAGGGGUUGGCCAAGGGGCUUUGUACAAUAUUGUUUACCUGCUGAGCUCUAGCUGUGUUUGUGUGUAACAUUUUGUCCAUUACUACCUUGUUUGACAGCAUCAGGUGUACUGGAGCCAGAUGCUGAGCACCUUUAAGGCUCCAUGUGAAGUAUGGAGGGACAACUUUUCAGGUGAAAUGUAUAAAGUCGUGACAACAUACAUCGCCCUGCAGGCGCAUUAUUCUUGUCUGUCCUUCUCAUAAGCAGGAGAAGACCCUUCCAGCAUCCAGGAUUCAUUGGUUUUAAGAAAGCUUCCCAACAUUCCUGCAUGAAGGAGCUUUCAGCCUGGCUGUUGGAAGAAGAAGGAUGGUCCUCUUGAAAACAUCUGACUUCCUGUCCAGGACACCAUAUGUUCUUAAGCAAGUAGUAAAACCCUGGCUGGUAUUGUCUUCAAUUGACUGAGCAAGCUGGAAAAGAAAGAAUGAAGAAAUGAAUACCUGCUAGGACUAAUUGCAGGGGUUUUUGAUGUCUGAGUAUCAAUGUAUCUUUCCAUGCAUUUCUUCAUUUUCCUUCUUCAGAUCUUUAUGGUUAUGGCAAAAUCUUUUAUCAGCCGAUGGUAUAAUGGACUACCAGUUGGAUGAUAUACAGUCGUCUGAAACAUGAUAUAUACUUCUCCUCUUCCGUGCCCGUGCCUACAUGCUGACACAGUACCAGUUUUAUUUCCAAAAGAGGAGUUCACAGAAUUACAGUGUCUGGUCCAGCUAUCUGCUCUGAUGAUCCUCACUGGACCAUGUAGACUAUGUCAGAGAGCCACAAUGAUCAUGCAUAAUAACAGUUCAUCCUCGCUCCUUUUACCAAAUGUGAGCUCCUUCUGGAAGAGAGAUUCACAUGGACCGGGACUCCUUGAUGAAGCAGCAUCACUCAUUGGCAGCUAUGAUUUCCCUCAGACCACAGAGAGUUUUCCUUUCUCCACUGUGGAAUCAACAAACAUGACCCUAAAUGCCACAAGCAAAGACCCUCUGGGUGGACACACUGUCUGGCAAGUAGUUUUGAUUGCUUUCCUCACUGGGAUCCUUGCACUGGUGACCAUCAUAGGAAACAUCUUAGUGAUUGUUGCAUUUAAGGUUAACAAACAACUGAAAACAGUCAACAACUACUUCUUGUUGAGCCUUGCUUGUGCAGAUUUGAUCAUCGGUGUUCUUUCCAUGAACCUUUAUACCACAUACAUCAUCAUGGACCACUGGGCUUUGGGAAGCUUGGCCUGUGAUCUUUGGCUCUCCAUUGACUAUGUCGCCAGUAAUGCCUCUGUCAUGAAUCUCCUUGUGAUAAGUUUUGACAGGUAUUUUUCCAUCACUAGGCCACUGACAUACAGAGCCAAACGAACAACCAAAAGGGCUGGGGUAAUGAUUGGUUUAGCAUGGAUCGUCUCUUUUGUUCUUUGGGCCCCUGCCAUCUUGUUUUGGCAGUAUUUUGUUGGGGAGAGGACUGUGCCUCCUGAUGAAUGUUUCAUCCAGUUUCUAAGCGAACCCAUCAUCACUUUUGGCACUGCCAUAGCUGCCUUUUAUUUGCCAGUCACCAUUAUGAGUAUUUUGUAUUGGAGGAUCUACAAGGAGACGGAGAAACGCACCAAAGAGUUGGCAGGGCUGCAGGCUUCGGGCAGCGAAGCAGAGGCGGCGCGCUUCGUGCACCAGACAGGCAGCUCCCGCAGCUGCAGCAGCUACGAGCUGCAACGGCAGAACACGAAACGCUCCGCCCGGAAGAAAUACAGACGCUGCCACUUCUGGCUCACAAUGAAGAGCUGGGAGCCCAGCACAGAUCAGGGGGACCAAGAGCACAGCAGCAGUGACAGCUGGAACAACAAUGAUGCUGCUGCCUCCCUUGAAAAUUCAGCCUCCUCUGAUGAAGAAGACAUUGCUGCAGAGACCAGAGCCAUCUAUUCAAUCGUGCUGAAGCUUCCCGGUCACAGCGCUAUCCUCAAUUCCACAAAACUACCCUCCUCGGAAGAUUUGCAUGAAUCGGGGGAUGAACUGCAGAAAUCCGACACAGAAUCGAAGGAAAAGAAACCUAAAAAAUUGCACCCUCCCAAAGGUGUUCAGGAUGGUGGAAAUUUCCAAAAGAGCUUUACUAAGCUUCCAAUUGAACCAGAAUCAGAAGAGACAACCACAGCUUCUGAUGGCAUCUCAUCAGUCACCAAGACAUCGACAGCCCUGCCCUUGUCCUUUAAGGAAGCAACCCUGGCAAAAAAGUUUGCCUUGAAGACCAGAAGUCAGAUCACAAAACGAAAAAGAAUGUCACUUAUCAAAGAAAAGAAAGCAGCACAGACACUCAGUGCCAUUUUGUUUGCCUUCAUCAUUACCUGGACCCCAUAUAACAUCAUGGUUCUGGUGAACACCUUUUGCAGCUGUAUCCCCAAAACUUUCUGGCACCUGGGGUAUUGGCUUUGCUACAUCAAUAGCACAGUGAACCCCAUGUGCUACGCACUGUGUAACAAAACAUUCAGAAACACUUUCAAGAUGCUGCUGCUGUGCCAGUGUGACAAACGAAAACGACGCAAACAGCAGUAUCAGCAAAGGCAGUCCGUCAUUUUUCAUAAGCGGAUCCCUAGGGAGGCUUCAUAGAAUAGUAUUUUUUAAACAAAUAAAAAAAAUAACGAAGCAGGGAUGUGCUGGGAUGGGAUGGGAUGGGAUGGGGUGGGAUAGGACAGAAGAGGAUGGCACGGGACAGGGCAGGAUGGGCAAGGUAGUAAGGGAUGAGACAGGAUGGGUUGGGGUGGGAAGGUGAUUCCAGGGUGCGGAUUCUAUGAUUUAAACAUCAAGACCUGAAAGCAGCUGCCAAACUUAUUUAUCCUUUCAAUAAAUCCAGUUUAAUAUAAAAGUCAAUCCACAUUCAGCAAAAACUAAGAAACUUCAACAUUUUUACUAAGGAGUGAAAGAUUUAAUAAAGUUUUCCUAUGAAUUUGCGAGAAGCUGUAUAGCAAUUAUAAACCCAUUACUGAUCUGCCCAGUUCUUUGAUUAUAAUCAACUCUGGGAUCUCAGGUAAGCACAUCUAGCUGGCCCAACUCUUCUUUUUCCCAGGAAUCCAACAACUUUCAAUUCAAGUUACAUGCAGAUGUAGCAAGAUAGUGAAACAGGAUUAUGAAAUUAUUUGAGACACUGUAUAGGUUGAAAAAUUGCCUCUUGUUGUCCUGGUAGAGCUUCCUGUCUACUUCUCUUCUGAUAUAUUGUUAAUUGUACCCCUGAUUCCUGUUUUCUGAGUAUCUGUGUGUGCAGCUGAUGUUAUAUGUGUGUGUGUGAGUGUGUAUGUAUGCAUAGCAUACAUUCACACCUCUAAAAUACACACAUACCAGGAAAGAGGUGGCCUAUUUGUUCUAGGUUUUACAGGGCCCCCCAUCAUGAUUACAUGUGAUUGAAACUUUUUAAAAGUCCGAAAAUCAUGUUAUAAGUAUAUAGCUCAUUAUUUGCCACCUAAAAUUCAAGUUUAUCUCUGGAACAAAAACAUGGUGUCCACAUUUCAAACUGAGAAAACCAAAACAUAGCCUGUGAGUUUACAGAGUUUUAUAAUUGGGUACUUGCCCAGUAAAACCCUAAUCUUGAGCGCAGAGUCUCUCCUCAAAGUGAUCAUGCCUCUUUAAACGACACAAAGGGGAAAGGAAUUGAAGGCUGCAUUCAGGGAAGAGCGUGAAGCUAUCUUGGCAGGACACAGGAUAAUGAGAACCCAGAUCUGGGCUCAAAGGGAGCUGCUUGGGAGCCAGGUAGGUGCAACCAUCAGCAGCAGCCCUGUGUCUUGCUGGGGUGGCUGUGCUGCUGGCAAAGCACACAUGGCUCCUGCAACACCUUGUCCUGAGCUGCACCAUGGGGAUGCACCACCCUUCUCAGAGCCAGCUCAGAUCCUGUGUGCAGUAUCUCCGUGGAUGAAAGUCCAAGUUGUAAUUUUCUGAUAAAAGCUGGCGGAGCCCUGCUGCUUGCACUGUCUACCCAGGUGAUCUUCAGAUGCAAAUGAUUUGUUUCAAAGAAAUGCUUUAUUUUUGCAUGUGAAGGAUGCUCACUAAAAAGUGUUUGUUUUCCACAACAUGUUUUAAAAAUCAUCAGGAGAAGUGCACCUAAAUCCGUUUGACACCAGGUUAUUCGGUGGUGUGAAAAAUGUGAUAUUGCCAAUUUGUAACCUGGCAAUUUUUGAUAAAGACAAUUUUAAAAGGGCUUUAAUAUUUAUAGUUUAGACAUGACCAGUAUUUCCUGGUAUUUGUGAGGUGGUCUGCACCAAACAUGAUUUAUAAAAGUCAGAGGUCCCCUGGGAAAAGAAUUGUACUUUAAACUGUUGCUCUAAAUCUGAUUUAGUUACAUGUUGAAAGAUUAUUUUGUAUUCUCCGUUGAGCUGACCAAAACUUUUUUUUGUUGUUGUUGCUUAGACUCUUAUUUUGCUGAAAAUAAAACAAGUAUCUUAUUUUACAAAGGGGCAUCAGUGUUGUGAAUACAGAACUGAUGUUAAAGCUGCUUUUGUAUUCAGUGUGAGAUGGUGUUUACAGAUGAUUUUGACAACAGUGGAAAUAUAUUAAAUGGUGUCUGUGUAUCUAAACUAUUUAAUUUUGUGUUAUGUUCAUAUAAAAAAAUAUUUAUACAUAUUUCACCAAAUGUUUUAUUUAAUGUUGAUAAAUAUUGCUCUUCAGUCUUCAGCUGUAGUGUCCUUUUAAAGUGAUUCAUAAAGGUCUGCUUGAGAAAUGAAUAGAUUAUACCUAGCUUUCUUGUCAUUAAAAAAAAAUUCUCUUUUGUAUGAGUUGUUUAAAAUGUCUACCCUAAAGUAAUCUCAUAAAUUAUAUUGAACUCUACUGCAAGUACAAUUUUAGUACAAAAAAGAAAAAAGUUAAAGUUUCAUCUAUGUCACAAUUGCAUUUUGAACUCAAGAUACCAGAAUUGUUUUGCUGGUUUGCUAGCCACAUACAAAGGCACCCAUGUUGCAAAGAAAAUUAAUUACCUUUAUUUAUAAAAAGAAGCAUAUAAUUGAAAUAUUCAUUACUCAAGUUGACCUAAAAAUGUUUUAACAUUUAAAUAUAUAUCUAUAUCUAUAUAUAUUGCCAUAUUAUUAUAUUCUGAUAUCUAGAGUAGUGCUGUGCCCCUAAUACACAAAAUGUGAGAGCAUGCAAGGAAGCCAGAGUUCAUCGGGGGAUUUAUGGUAUAUUAGUAUUGAUUUUAAAAUGGGAAAUUAUUAUUUUUAUUGAAGUUAAGCUUCCUUGAAAGCGUCUGUCACCACUGUUUACAUAAUAGGAAGAAUUAAAUCCUUGGAUUGUUCUAUCAGAGAAAUAAACAACCUGUCUUUUGAUGUGUGAACAGGCUUAAAAAUGUUAUUUACAGGCAUCUUAAAAUGUGUAUGUAUACACAUAUUGUAGCAUAGAUCAAUUUAGUUAUUAUUUAUUUAAUGGAAUAUGCACUAUAAAAUAUUAAGAAUUUGGCUGUGUUACAAGUACAGUGGGCAUCAAUUUAAUUUGUAUUUUAUAUGUUGCUGUAUUUGCUUUAAACCCAUGCACACACAAAAAUUUUAGCUGUAUGCACUAGUGGGUAUAUUAUUUAUGAACACAGGCACACAUAAUAGGUUGCAGAAGAAGAACAAUGCAAGACCAAUGACACAGAAUUACUUUUAGGAAGUACAAUGUUGUAAUAUUUCAUCUGUUUUGAGGAAAAUUAAGUCAGAAACACAGUAGAAAGAAUCAUUCUGUGGCAGACAAACAGCUCAGUCCCAUUAACUCUCCUCACAGCUCUGAAAGCUGGCUUUUCAGAGACCAGUCUCCAUUAAUUGCAAUAAUACAGGAUUAGACUCCAUAUGAAAAGGACCAAAAAGUCAGAAGCGAUAGCCAGACAGGAGCCAAUGAGUAGUCUGGAGAAAGCUUUGUAGAACAGACCCAGCCACUGUCAGCCUCUGAACAGGCAACAAAAUACAUUAUAAUAUAUGUUUGGCUUUUUCAGUGUAAAAUUGUGAUUUUAUUACAGUUUAUUACUUCUGUUCUGGUAUAGGCAGUGAGAGAUAUCUAAUCUGAAGAUCUAAGGGCAGGGGCCAUGGUGCAUGAAGCACUUUUUCCUACUCCUGCAUGACAGACUUUCAACAAAAGUAAACUGUGAAUCAGUCUGGCACUGUUUAAAACUAAACAAGUAUAAGAAAGUUCUGAGUAGCUCCCAGGAUCUAAACUUGUGGAUCUGUGUAACCUAAACAAUAAAUAGCCUACAGGCUUCUGGCAGUAGGAAUAUGCACACAGAUAUUCUGAGAGAGAUGGUGACCUUUCUCAAUUAUGUGCAGCUUCAUUUUCUUACUUUGCUGUCUUGAUUAUUAUAUUUCUUCUCUUAUUCUGCAAGAAUAUUCUAAAAAGUCUUGGUUCAUUAUCAACCUUAUAUAUCUAAAAAGUGAGUAGAGAUCCCAAAGUACACUUGGUUUGCCUCUACAGAAUGCAAAUAUUGAAGCAAAAGGAAGUUUUAAACUUUUUUCCCCUAAUCAGCAGCAUCAUAAUUUUAAAAAUAAUUAUCAUCAUGCUACCCUAUAUACAAUAGGGAUGAUCAAGCAGUGUCAUACUAUUUAUAAACUGCUUUUCACUCACCCUUACCCAUCUGACGAUGCAUCACUAUUCAAAUUUAUAUUGAAGAUUCUCAACCCUCAUUUUCUUCCAGGUGGCUCCUAGAUUCUUGUGCUAAAAUAUGCUCUACAAGCCUGUCUUGUUAUCAGGUGUUUUUUUCUUUGCCUAUCACAAUCCCGCUAUGCAACAUUAUCUGAUCUUACUUUAUCAAAAGACACUUUACUAAUUUCAGGUGUUUUAAAGUGUUGAGGUCUGAUACUUUCUUUUCUAAACAUGUAUGAAACAUAUCAAAACAACUGGAGAAGGCUUCACAUUUGCCAGCUCCUUAUUGGCAGAAAUAGACUGUGCCACAAAUGGUCUGUCCACCAAGCCUGACCAGGAGAUGACCUGUCCCUAGGGAUGUUCUCCCAAACCCCCACUAGCCUGAACUUCACAAAGUUCAUGAAUCAUCAUGUAUUUUAAUGCAUUUGGGAAUUUUAAAAAAAAAGUAUAUUCGUUGUGGUUAGUUCCACCCUCUGCGAUUUUCUAUUUUAUAUAUUCUUUUUAUCUUUUAUGUAUUUCCCCAUUCACAUACCACUGCACUGGCUUCUGGGAGCAGGACAAAGUGAUGCAUAUUGGUAGGUUGCUUCUCCUUAGCCCGAAGGGUAUGCAGAGAUGUCUGGUGGAGCUGAGCUGUUCAUAGUGAUGGCUGCCUUUUCUGACUCAUGCACUGCACUCCCAUGAUACCCAAACAGUUCUGUUUGGAAGCUUAGCUAAAGCAUGCAUGACAUUCAGGUUUUCAUGGAAUUAAAACCUUCAUUUAAUUAGGAUGUUCUUCCUUGUAGCAGGCAUAGAUCAUUUAUAGCAUCUGCACUUUUCUACUUCUACAUUUUUGAGCUGCCAGAAAGAUAGCAGGCAAAAUGCUAAUUUGUAAUGUCUGAUACUUGGGAAUUUUUGUACUUCAGCUUUUAAAGUAAGGCAGAGAUAAUGCAGUUGUGCUAUUUGUAGAAAACAAAUUGAGCGUGAAUGGGAAUUCUACACUAUGUUUAUUUCAUUUCAUACACCAUGGCACUGCAACUUGGAUGAGACUGAGCAUCACAGUAUUUGAUGUCACUGACAGUUCUUCACAGUCCUAACUGGCAAAGUCAUUACCUGUGCUGUACUGGCAUUUGGGACUUAUCUUCACCGCGCACACUCCACAUGCAAAAUAUAACAUAGAUUGUUGUUUUUUCUUCUCAAGAAAUAUCAUUGUAGUUAUUUCCAGAUGCAUUCCUAGAUGUGCUUGAGGAUGCUUUGCUUAAUUUUAGAUAUCAAGAGAACCAAUCCUCUUGAUUGAGCAAAAGAGCCAAUCCCUGUCAGGGGUUGUUUAAUGGAAGGAGCACAGGUAACAUGGGAAAACAUUAAGUGUUACUUAUUUCAUGGCCUCUUCCAGCAUGUGUUGUAUGGUGUAUAUAUUGCACCUAUACAUCUCCAUGCACCAUGUAUAUCUAAGAAGGAUAUGUGUGACCCUACUCUGCAUGCACACACAGAGAGGUGUACCACAUCUAGAGCAAUGUUUGCAGAUGUAUGUACAAACUUAUGCUGAAAUUGUCAGCCAUGGUGAACAUUGCCUUUGAUGGCUCAUCACUUGUAACUGGACAGUGAAACUGUGUUUAAAUCUCCUCUACUUAUCUGCAAGAAAAGUUUCCACAUCUUUCUUUCCUUAGUGCAUAUUUUUUACAAUUAUGUUGUCCUUAUUUCUGGAUAUGGUGUUUUCAGUGUAUUGAGCUGGCUUUUUAGACAUUACCCAAAAUUUAGAGAUGCAUGAACAUAUUUCACUUACUGAGCUAUUGCAUCAAGGCUGCACUAGGUUUAACUCCAUUGCAUUAUCGAAAAUCAUGCUGCCUUUUUUCAAAUAGGAAAAAAAGGUCUCCUAGACUAGAUUCUAGCUAGGUAAAUGUAAGAGAAACUUCUCUGUUGAUGUGAACAUCACUGCCACUUUCUCAAAGUUGAAAGAGAAAUCUAGUCACUAUGAAAACAGUUGGAGGAAAAUGUCACAAACACAGCAAGUGUCCCCUGCAAAUUCUUUGAGGUAAUAACAGCACUCCUUCCAUUAGAAAUUAGAGGGGAAAAAAAUACCAUCCUCGCUCAUCCCAUUCUAUUGCUCUGCCCUUUCUUUUGCAUAGUAUAAUGCUUUUCAUUUGCCAGUCUCAUGGGUGGAAUUUUGCAGGCUUUAAAAACCUCAUUUGCCUGGUAAGACUAAGAAAUACCCAAUAUAUCUAGGUCAUUCACCCCCUUCUGAGUUUUCAAACAAUAAAUCCUUGACUGUGUGAUGCUGGCUUAAGGGAGUGUCUUAUGAAAAUGACAAUAAAACAAAUUUAAUGGUGGUGAGGAGAGGUAACUUUUUUCCCAAGCUAGUGAAGCUAUAAAAUUUUCGUAACUUGGCAGAAAGUGUGGAAAAAAACCCAAGACAUUUAAAGGCUUUAUAGAUGUGCACAUCCUCCUUGCAUAAGGGUGAAUAAACACAUGUAAACAGUGCCCAAAACAGUUCAGUGUAUGAAUGACUCAGUGAGCCAAGAGCACACAUCACCAUCAGCUACACUGUUGGCAGAGCACCCUGACACCCCACUCAGGCCUCUGUGAAAAGAUCCUUAUUAUAGCACUCUAGGACUAAAUAAUAAGGCCUUAAUAUGUAAGCAGGGCUUGUUUGUCUGGGGGCAUAUGCAUUUUCCAGGAAUUUGAUGGGACAUUCUUUCUCACUCCUGGAGCAAAGUUAAAUAACUUUGCACUUUCUGGAAUGAAAGCACUCAUGAGAUGAUCUGGUAAUUGUCAUAUAAACAUGUCUAACAAUCAGAGAAUUACAGGAUAUUAUUGUGCCAAGAGAACUUAAAUUUAUUUUCCAAUUCAUUCAUACAGGCAUAGUUGAUUUACUGAAAAUACUCAAAAGAUCAGAAAAUUUUUACACUAUCAUGUAAAGUAUCUGGACAAGAAUCUGAUUCCUUAUGCAGAUUCAAAACAUCCAGUCUUCCUGAACCUAUUUUUCUUCUGUAUUGAAGUCUUUGGGUAACAAAGCAACUGUAGUCACUCCUGAAAUACUACCUACUCUAGAGAUGCCAAAGGGAUGAGGAAAUGGCCAAAUGGACUUCCUUAAUUUGUGCCUAAUGUGUCCACAUUAAGAAUUAUAAUUACCAUUGUGGCACAGACUAAUUAACGCCAUGGGGCAAAAGAAAUGAGCCAAUUUACUUUGAACCCUACACAGUGCUACACUCUGCUUAUGCAGACACAUCACAAGAAAUAGGCCUGUGCUGUACAUCCUGAUGCUCAGUACUUUUCUCCACUCAUUACUAUUAUCCUUCACAGCGAUCACUCCCCUCCUAUUGAACACAACUUUGAUGUGUUCACAACUGUCACAUAGAUUUAUUGAAUAUACCUAUUGAAUACCCUCUGCCAUCAAUAUAUAAAUAUGUAAUUUCUUUGCAUCUGCAAAGCUAUAUGAAAUCAGAUAUAGCUGGAGUUAGGCAGCUUUUAUCCUCCAUUGGUGUGAAUUUUUCUGAUUCAGAAGUACAUUCCAUUUGCUUGCCUCAUAUCUCCAUUAAUGAUGGUUAUUUUACAAGUGAUAUUAGGACCAAAACUUUCCAUGUUUCAGGCUGUAGAAGUAUAUCUGAGUAAAUGUUUUGUUCCUUUAUUCAAAACGAAUGUGAUUUCUUGGCCACAGGGUGAUCUGAACAAAAUCCUCUCUAUAAAGGAGAGAAUAGCAUUUAUCUCUUGCUCUGCCCCUGCCCUUCACCAAAUAUGAUGGAAGGUCCUUUCAGGUUAUUUCACUUGUUUUCAAACCAGUGCAGCUACAUUAUGUAGUUGCAUAUUUCUCCUGCUGUGAGACAGGAAGGAUCAGCAUGAAAAAUGCCAAGAGACUUAAACUAAAGUGCAUAGGUGCCACUUUUGGUUUUGUUUGAUUUUGGUUUGUAGUCUUUGCAAUGUGUAUUGACUGACACAGAAUCCAUCAUUAGAGAAAUAUAGAGACUAAGGAUGGACAGCUGCUCUCAAAAGCAAGCUGCAUAGGGAUGGAUCAUUGAAUUCCAUGUUUGAAGUGUACACAAGAGCUCUUAGUUAAAGCUGUAAAAAGCCUGAAUUACAAUUCAUUCCUUUCCAAAAGAACUAAGAAAAUUAUAAAUAUAAUGUGAAGUUUUUAUGUUGUAAGCUGUAGAUGUUAGAAGAUGUCAAUGAAGAUGUCAUUUUUUUAAUAUAAAUCAUCCCUGGGUUUCUAGAGGUGUCCCAUCACCCAGUUGCCUCUUAACCCAAUUCCUCCUGCCUCAAAGCUGACCAGCAGUCAUGGGACUUUUGCCUCAGGGGAAGCUGGAACUGAACUCCUGCCCCUGCCACCCCACAGCAGGAAGGGUGUGGGCCACACCAGUCAAGCUGUUACAAGAAAGAGCCAUAAGCUUCCUGCUUCUAUUUGGAGAUAGUGGGUAUUUUUGUGAUAGAAACAGAGAUAACAUUGCAGGAAUCUGAUGAACAUAUUUAAUGUGUUUCCUGAUACGUUCCUAUUACUUGAAAGCUUUCUGUUCUGCUGGUUAUGGAGCAAAACAAGUCCCAGAGACAAUAUCUGAAUACAUACUUUUAAAGGCUUGAAAAUUUUAAAUAAAUUGACUUUUGCCUGUUGCUUUCUGGUUUUGAAAUAUAUGAAGAAAAUUCAUGCAGUAAUUAAGCAUCUCAGAAAUAGAUCUUGUGAAAAAGAAUUUGGAAUUUUGCGCCUUUUAUUAUAAAACUGAUUUUCUUCAUCAAAACCAGUGGAGCUGAAUGUACUGUAAACUCAUAAAAUGACAGGAAACAGUAGGAAAGAGUCCCUGUACUUUUGCUGUGUAAAAAGACAGUGCUUGAGCAUUCAUUCAAAAUCUGGUGUCCAUUGAUCUAGUCAUAGCUACCCUUUCAGAUACUAGACAGAAUAUUAACAUUUUUUAAAUUAUUGGCCAGUUUGAUCUUUUUUUGCUAAUACCUACCUUCCUAUGCAGCUUUUUUUCUGCCAUGUAAUUAAAAUCUAUGUCUUGGUAAACUUUCAGAAAGAAUAAAUUGGCCCUAGCUCAUAUUGACAGUAGUUUGCAAAACACUAGCACAUUAAUUGGAAGAGUAGAGGCAGAUAAUGAUGAAGAGCAAUCGUUUUCCUUGGCUUCAGUAUUUUAGAGGAACCUUCCCUUUUGCAGCUAAUAAAAAUGAGGGUAAGAGAAGAUGUACUGGGAGAGACUCAAAUGCUUUAUUCUCCCCUCUGGCAUGACUGCCACCAUUUCCUGAGGGCAGGAGGUGGAUGGCUGUGUGUUGGUAGAAAAAUCAAUACAUUGGUCCAGGUCAAGCGUCCCACGAGAGCUCACAUUUCUCCUCUCACCGCAUGGGUAUCAGCCCAAAAUGUGCUGUCAAAACUUGGCUCCCACUGAACUAUCACGGUGGAACAUUGUGCUCUUAAGAGAUUUUCUCCUGCCAAGAUGCUUUAACACCUUUUUUUUUUCUUUUUUUUUCUUUUUUUUUUU